CUUAUUGUCAAUCCAAACAGCGAAGUAGUAAUUGCCAUUAUACACUUAUCAGAAAUGAUUUCACUCACGAUCACAGAUGCAUGAUUAUGGAACACUUAUCUCGGGUUUUAUGCUUUGAAAUUGAUUGACAAGCAUAGCACUGGCUACAUCGAGUCCAUCGAUUCUCACAGCCGUUCACAGACAUGAAGCUAUAAAAUUUCUUUUGGGGCAAGUUCUUAAUAGAUGCCUUCAAGAUGCUGAUCUCACUAUUAGCCAUCAUCUUUGGCUUGACAGAGCUACUGAGCACCGCUUCUACCACUAACUCAUUAAAGCUUACCCCUGCUAAUCUUAAAGUAAGCGAUGAACGCCUUACCGCUGCAGGAAACAAUAUGUCUCUGAUUAUCAAACACAUCAUGAAAAACUAUGACAAGAAUGUUCGUCCGUAUUACGAAGUGAAGCCCAUAGAUGUCCAGUUAGAUAUGCUGAUACUUUCAUUUGGAGAACUCAAAGAAGCUGAUAUGGUAUUUACAACGGAUAUAUACCUUGGACAGUUCUGGCAGGACCCUCGAUUCGCUUACGGUUUUAACAACAGUAUAAGUUUUGGCGGGAACUACGUUGACAAUUUCUGGGUUCCCGACACCUUCUUCGUAAACUCGGUGAACACGGAGAUCCAUCAUAUGAUAUCUCCAAAUAAAAAGCUCUGGAUCAGUCUUGAUAAAGGCCAUAUUAUGCUAAGUGCAAGAUUGAAAUCCACGGCAACUUGUAAAAUGGAUCUGAGGAAGUACCCGAUGGAUAUCCAGACUUGUCACCUGGCACUCGAAAGCUUUUCCUUUGACGAGUCCGACUUGAUGUAUAAGUGGAAGAAGAAACUUGGUAGCAAGGUUUUCAUAUAUGACUCAGAAAUGGCGCAGUUCACUGUGGUCAACGUAACAAGAGGUUUGAAACAUCCAUUAUAUCACUCGCGAAGUUUUUCCGGCCUGACCGUAACAUUCGAAUUCCAGCGUCGUACAAUGUACUACAUAUUUCAGAUGUACAUUCCAUGUAUUUGCAUCGUUGCUCUCUCAUGGGUCAGUUUCUGGGUGGAUGCAGAGGCGGUACCAGCAAGAGUAGGACUGAGUAUCACCACAGUAUUAACAAUUUGCUACAUGCUUGGCUCGGUCAACACCAACCUUCCUCGGGUUUCUUAUCUCAAAGCUAUUGACUACUUUCUGCUAUUGUCUUUUAGUUUUAUAUUUUUGACUUUGAUUGAAUAUGUCGUGGUUUUGAAGUACACACGAAGAAAGAAGUAUUCGGGUAGCUUUUCGCCGCAUAAGAUUGAGCUGUCCGAGGAUGAAUUGGUUGAAGACAAAAAGAUGAUGGAAGUCAAAAUCCAGAUCGGCAAAACGGCUUACACAUUUUUGGACUCACUAAGUGACCUAGCCUCGGACGGAAACAAAAAGACAAACAAUUGCCAUGGAGAAAUGUACCGUUCGUCACCUCGAAUGCCUGUCAAGACAUGUGACCACUCUAGACCAAUCCUGCGUCGGUAUUCUAAGAAAGAUGGCAAGAAAACUUGUAUAACACAUUUCUUCAGGAAACCUUUUAGCCCUGGCGAAGGAGAGAACAAAAUUGAUAAGUACUCCAGAUUCUUCUUCCCGUUCAGUUAUGGCGUCUUCCUGAUGGUAUAUUUUGCAUUUUUCUUCUACUAUUGAUUGGAUCCUUGCUUCAGACUGUCAAUAAAGAAUCAUCUACGGUCU